CUACACUAAUUUUCUCUCCUCUCUCUCUCUCUCUCUCUUCUUUUUCUCUUGCCACCCUUUGCGUUUUCUGCCUUGAUUCAACUUCGAUCUUAUGGACUCACAGACACGCGUGUUCUCACCUAUCAUCCUGUUUCAUGAAAAUGAUGCUAUUUUACAAGAUGACCUAUCCGUGAUCCAGCCCCACAAAGAUAGAGUGCAUCAUAUGUUAGAGUGCAACGAAAAAUACUGGAGACACAUCAAACAGACGAAUCCAGCAGAGUCAAGCUCUUCAUCCUCUUCAUCCGACACGAGCUCCCCUUCACCUUCUACUUCGGAUGACCUUCAAGCCCACAAACGUCGGCGCGGCAAUUUACCAAAGCCCGUCAUCACGUUACUGCGAACUUGGCUCAUCAAUAACAAACGACACCCUUAUCCGAGCGAGGAAGUUAAACGACAUUUGGCGCGACAAACCGGGCUGACCAAGAGUCAGAUUAGUAAUUGGUUUAUCAAUGCACGAAGGCGUAUUUUGAAAGAAAUGAUUGACGUGAGUCAAGAUGGAAACCCUCUGGCGAAAGGACGACGGCUGCCUAGAGGAAAGCGAGCUACGAGCGUGGAGGACGAGUGAUAUGGUUGUUUCUUAUGGCGACACUCUUUUUUUUUUUGUACAUAAUCUCAUUAUUUGUCUGCCCGUUGUAUUUUUUUUUCUCACUUCAAAACAUCACUCAUCCUCUCCACUCACUCACACACACACAUAUUUUAAAUACACUCUAUAUAUUUAUCUGUG